GUGAUGUCUACCGCUCUUCUCCUCGUCUCCGCCUUAUUCUCUGGGGCGUACGCCGCCAUCGGUCCCGUCGCCAAUAUGCAGAUCGUCAACGCAAAUAUUGCGCCUGACGGUUUCACCAGAAGCGCCGUCCUGGCUGGCGGGACCUUCCCUGGCCCGCUUGUCAAAGGAAACAAGGGCGACCGAUUCAGACUCAACGUCAUUGAUAGAUUGACGGACAAUACGAUGUUAAGAAGCACUAGUAUCCAUUGGCAUGGUCUAUUUCAGAAAGGAUCCUCAUGGGCUGAUGGGCCUAGUUUCGUCAACCAGUGCCCCAUCGCUGCCAACCAUUCAUUCCUAUACGACUUCACGGUCCCCGAUCAAGCGGGAACAUUUUGGUAUCAUUCUCAUCUCUCUACGCAAUAUUGUGAUGGUCUACGUGGACCCAUGGUCGUUUACGACCCCAAUGAUCCUCAUCGAUCUCGUUACGACGUUGAUACCGAGGCAACAGUGAUCACGCUCGCAGAUUGGUACCAUACUCCGGCCCUCGCAGCCGGGCCAGUACCCGUCUUUGAUGCUACCCUGAUCAACGGUAAAGGACGUUAUGCAGGCGGCCCCGCCUCGGACCUCUUCCAACUAAACGUAGUCCGCGGACUCCGAUACCGCCUCCGCCUCGUAGCCACUUCCUGCGACCCCAACUGGGUAUUCUCCAUCGACUCGCACAACCUCACCGUCAUCGAGGCCGAUGGCGUGAACACCCAGCCACUCGUCGUCGACUCCGUCCAGAUCUUCGCCGGGCAGCGGUACUCCCUCAUCCUCAAUGCGAACCAAAGGAUCAGCAAUUACUGGAUGCGCGCAAGCCCCAACCUCGGGACGCAGGGAUUCGAGAGUGGAAUCAACUCGGGUGUGGUGCAUUAUGUUGGGGCGCCGUCCGGGGUGGACCCAACGAGUAAUCAGACGACGAGCGUCAUACCGCUCCUCGAGACGAACCUCCAUCCGCUUGAGAACCCUGGUGCGCCGGGGUUGCCGCAGGCUGGCGGGGCGGACAUCUCGUUGAACCUAGCUCUUGCGUUCGAUAUCAAUAACUUUGAAUUCACGGUCAACGGUGCAUCUUUCAUCCCGCCUACCGCUCCAGUGCUUUUGCAGAUCUUGAGCGGAGCUAAUACUGCGCAGAACUUGCUUCCUGCUGGGAGCGUGUAUACUCUCCCGCCGAAUAAAGUCAUUGAGAUAAGCGCUCCGGCGUUGGCGGUUGGCGGUCCCCAUCCCUUCCAUCUUCAUGGUCAUACCUUUGACGUCGUACGAAGCGCAGGAAGCACUGAAUACAACUACGCGAACCCGGUUCGAAGAGACGUAGUCUCCACCGGUUCUGGCACUGACAACGUUACUAUCCGCUUCACAACCGACAACGCCGGUCCUUGGUUCCUGCACUGCCAUAUCGACUGGCAUUUAGAGAUCGGUCUCGCGGUCGUUUUCGCCGAGGACGUCGACACGAUUCAGAUGCAAGACAUGCCGACGGCUUGGGACCAACUCUGUCCGAUUUACGGGAACCUCACCUCAGAUCAGCUGUGAAUAAUAACUUAUACUUAAGUGUCCCGACUAUCCUUAUUUUUUCUCCUUCUGGACAUCAAGUUGAUUAUUUAUCAUCCAUAUUGGCGGGUUUCUUCUCUAUAUAUACCAUUUUAUACCAGAUGCACGUGUUUUUAUUUAUGACAUUAUGUAUCUUUUUAUGAGGAAACGCGCAUCUUCUGGAGGGUUUUUGAGUAUCAGGAGUAAGGAACGACAGAUGCUAGCCUCGCUCCUAACCCUAUUUGACGAGCUUGGUGUUCCAC